ACUGCCGCUCAGUGGACGCCGGUUGUCUCGCCUGGGAGCCGGGCGCCGUCAGGAGCUGUGGGGCCUUCUGAAGCCCGUCCCUGGACCUCAGGCUAAAAAUCCUUAUUCCAGUCUGAACCGUGGGAAGAAAGGCUAGUGGAUCUGUAGCAUUCCUACUUGACGGACAGGAUGCUUUCCAAACUCGCACGUUUGCAGACUGUCGCUCUGCUUCACCGGGGAGUUCAUUCUUCAGUGGCUUGUGCUGUAUCUGUUGCGACUAAAAAAACGGUCCAAGGCCCUCCAUCCUCCGACUAUAUUUUUGAACGGGAAUCUAAGUAUGGCGCACACAACUACCACCCCUUGCCUGUGGCCCUGGAGAAGGGAAAAGGUAUUUAUGUAUGGGAUGUAGAAGGCAGAAAAUAUUUUGACUUCCUGAGUGCUUACAGUGCUGUCAACCAAGGACAUUGUCACCCAAAGAUUGUGGAUGCUCUGAAGAGUCAGGCAGACAAACUGACCUUAACCUCUAGGGCUUUCUACAAUAAUGUACUUGGUGAAUAUGAAGAGUACAUUACCAAGCUUUUCAACUACCACAAAGUUCUCCCUAUGAAUACAGGAGUGGAGGCUGGAGAGACGGCCUGCAAACUUGCUCGUAAAUGGGGUUAUGCGGUCAAGGGUAUUCAGAAAUACAAAGCAAAGAUUGUUUUUGCAGCUGGAAAUUUUUGGGGUAGAACAUUGUCUGCUAUCUCCAGCUCCACAGACCCAACCAGUUACGAUGGCUUUGGACCAUUUAUGCCAGGUUUUGAAAUCAUUCCGUAUAACGAUCUUCCUGCUCUUGAGCGUGCUCUUCAGGACCCCAGCGUGGCUGCGUUUAUGGUAGAACCCAUUCAGGGUGAAGCAGGCGUCGUCGUCCCAGAGCCAGGCUAUCUCGCGGGUGUGCGAGAACUCUGCACCCGGCACCAGGUUCUGUUUAUUGCCGAUGAAAUCCAGACGGGAUUGGCCAGGACCGGCCGAUGGCUGGCUGUGGAUCAUGAAGAUGUGAGACCUGACAUAAUCCUCCUUGGCAAGGCCCUUUCUGGGGGCUUAUACCCUGUCUCCGCAGUGCUCUGUGAUGACGAGGUGAUGCUCACCAUCAAGCCCGGGGAGCAUGGCUCAACGUACGGCGGGAACCCCCUUGGCUGCCGAGUGGCCAUCACAGCCCUUGAGGUCUUAGAGGAAGAAAACCUAGCUGAAAACGCAGACAAAAUGGGUGCUCUCUUGAGACGUGAGCUUAUGAAGCUACCUUCUGACGUCGUAACUGCCGUCCGAGGAAAAGGAUUAUUGAACGCUAUCGUCAUUAGAGAAACCAAAGAUUAUGAUGCCUGGAAGGUGUGUCUCCGACUUCGAGACAAUGGACUUCUGGCCAAGCCGACCCACGGCGAUAUCAUCAGGCUUGCACCUCCGCUUGUGAUCAAGGAGGACGAGAUCCACGAGUCCAUCGAGAUCAUUCACAAGACCAUCUUGUCUUUCUGAGAGUAGUCACUGUUGUUGGGGCACCUGCCAGCCAGCUAGAGACAGGUGGUUCCCGGGUGUCCCGUUAAGACUCUGCUCUCCACGCUGGCACAUUCCACUCCCAUGUAUCUCCAAGGACUUUUUUAUUUUGGUUCAUACGUAGUAGAAGGAAAUUUAUAUACCUGCGAUUUGCUAUGUGAUAUAACUAAGUGUAGCGGCAUCUGCAUCUGGGUUAAGUGUUUUCCUUUUGUGAGUGCUUUCUAAAGUGAGACGUAUCAGACAACCUUUUAAUCUAGCCCUUUAAGUAUCAUUUAUAUACUUUUUUGUAAUGAAUUCUUUGCUGGCAUAAGUGUUUUGUAUUUGAAAAAGUUAUUUCUGAGGUGAUAUAUAGAAGAUUUGCUUAACUUUAUAUGAAGUUGAAUCAUUCUGAUCAUUGCGUUUUAGGAAGGUUUAAUGGCUAAGGUACAUAAGAUACUAAAAAAAAACUAGGUUUAAGUAAAUGUAGCCCUUUCAAGACCUGAUUAUUUUCUGCUUUGAAUUUUUUGUGGACACCAUGUGUUUUCAGUAGUGGAAUGCAUGCUGAGUUAUUGAGUAUGUUUAAAUUUUUGGUUGGUAGUAGAGAUUUUGAGAAAUGUUGUAUGAAAAUACAUGGUUUGUGGGAGCCUGUCUGGCCCACUGGUCUUGGGUAGCAGGCUUUAUUGUGGAGCACCUUCCAUUUGGGUACAUGGGGCACCUCUGGUUUUGCCUAAUACCCCAGCUAUUUUGCUUCAGCGAACAUGUCUUUUGCCUUCAGUGUUACCCAGGUUGCCACUGGAGGAAAGCAAGUACUUUCAGCGGGAAAAAUAUACUCCCCAAAACUCCAGAGACAUAAGAAGUGGGUGGGAUACCGUAUGUUCCCCAAGUCACAAAAGGGUUAACUUCAUAUUGACCAAUACCGGGACAUAUUCUGUGGACGUCAUUAUUUUGAAUGAAGAAAUACUGUCUAGCAUUCCCAAAUUAUGUUUUAAGUGUUUGAUUAUAAUUUGUAAAAAAUGCUUAUUUCCAGAGUUUCUUUAAAAUAAAGCUUCUAUUGAAGAUAUCUGUUAAUCUUGUGAUCAGUGUGCUAUUAUGGCAGGCUUUUCAAUUACUUAACUUUUGAAACACUUUGUGAAUGUUCUUCCCUUGCUUUAUUCCAUGAACUUCCUAAGAGUAUUUUAGCUGUCUUUGGUAACCUAUAGAAACGUACAGAUUUUGAAAGAAAAAUAAAGCUAGAAAAUAAA